GUCAAUCAAACCAAAAUUAAUAAAAUGUUCGUCCAUGUAUUUAGCAGUUUUUCGAACCAAAGUGCUAAGAUGAGGUCUUAUCGUGUAAUUUCAAAAAUUUUUCAAAGGAAGUGGAACGAAACUGGUCUAAAAUCUAUGUUAAGGAACAAGAGUUUAUCGAGCCCAUCUGGAACACCCGGCAGUGGAGCAGGGAGGGGUGGUGGGGCUGGAGGAAGUGUAAGAGAAUCUGGUGGAGGUCUUGGACGGUAUGGAGCUGCACAAGAGGAACAGUUCUUCUUCAACAAACAAAGGGAGCAGUUGGAGAAGCUUAAGAAGAAGCUGAAGGAAGAAAAAGCAGGUGAAUUAUCACAAAAGAAAGAAAAGUAAAAUGCUCAUUUUAUAUAUAAAUG